GCCAUGAAGAGAAAAUUAUAAGAAUAUAGAACAAACAUAUAAGAUUUUUAUUUCUAAAAAAGGAAGGAAGAAUGAAGAAGUUUAUAACUGCAAUAGUGUUUGUAGUAGCAAUGGCGAUGGUUGUGGGGUGCUUUGGCCAAAGCCAAUGUACUCCGGAUGAUGAUGAUGAUGAUGAUGUUAGUAAUAUCAUUACUCCAUCACUUUUCGAGGAGAUUCUUCCCCGUCGAAACGAGUGCCAAACCGAUGGCUUCUACACGUACGAGGCCUUCAUAACUGCCGCUAGAUCUUUUCCAGGCUUUGGUACUACUGGCACUCUUGAAACUCGAAAAAGAGAGCUCGCAGCCUUCUUUGGCAUAACUUCUUCCCAAACCACUGGAGGAUCGCCAGGUGAUUAUUCCAAGGGAUAUUGCUAUAUCCAGACGACUGGAAACAAAAAUGAUCCCCAUUGCGUGCAAAGCGAAGAAUGGCCUUGUGUUCCAGGCCAACUGUACUAUGGCCGUGGACCUAUCCAGAUAACUUACAACACCAAUUACGGACCCGCUGGUCAGAGACUUGGAUUAAACCUGCUAAGCCUCCCAGAUCUAGCAGAGAAAAACGCAGUUGUUUCAUUCCAGACAGCUAUAUGGUUUUGGAUGACUCCACAGUCGGACAAAAUACCAUCGUCACAUGCCGUUUUUGUGGGCGAGUGGACACCAACACCGGCUGAUGUGGAAGCUAAUCGACUUCCGGGCUACGGUGUGAUCAUUAACUUACUCACCGGAGGGUCCCAGUGCAAUGGUAGUACUUACUCCAAUGAUAGGCCUGAGUUCUUUCGAAGGUGUUGCGAUAUACUAGAUGUAAGCACUGGGGACAACUUGGACUGUUACAAUCAGCGCCCUUUCGGUGAUGGUCUCAUGAAUCCAACAUCUUAUGGAGUGCUAAAAAUGUCUGUGGACGAAUAGACAAAAUAAUUAUUAAUUAUAUGUAAUGGGUUGUGGAUUCCUGCUAUUUAUAGUUAGGCUCCCUAGCGUAUCAUAGCACGUACCUUAAUAAGUUGAUAUAACUUAUAAUAAUAAGCAACUCAAAUUUGUGUGUUA